GCAGGCUCGGGCGGGUCCCCGGUGCGCGCAGCGGGCUCGGCUCCCUCCCCGGCCUCGGUCCCUGAGACCCCCCCGCCCGCCCCGCCCCGCGGCCCCCGGCCCCCCGCGGCCCCGCCAUGAUCCUGCUCGAGGUCAACAACCGCAUCAUCGAGGAGACGCUGGCGCUCAAGUUCGAGGGCGCGGCCGCCGGGAACAAACCAGAGGCAGUAGAAGUAACAUUUGCAGAUUUCGAUGGAGUCCUUUAUCAUAUUUCCAACCCCAAUGGAGACAAGACAAAAGUGAUGAUCAGUAUUUCUCUGAAAUUCUACAAAGAGCUACAGGAGCAUGGUGCAGAUGAGUUAUUGAAGAGAGUGUAUGGAAACUUCUUGGUAAAUCCAGAAGCAGGUUACAAUGUCUCUUUGCUAUAUGACCUGGAGAACCUUCCUGCAGCCAAGGAUUCCAUUGUGCACCAAGCUGGCAUGCUGAAGCGGAACUGCUUUGCCUCUGUCUUCGAGAAGUAUUUCAAAUGCCAGGAAGAGGGGAAGGAUGGGGAGAAGAGAGCUGUCAUCCAUUACAGGGACGAUGAGACGAUGUACGUUGAAUCAAAGAAGGACCGCGUUACGGUUGUGUUCAGCACAGUAUUUAAGGAUGACGAUGACGUGGUGAUUGGAAAGGUGUUCAUGCAGGAAUUUAAGGAAGGCCGCCGUGCCAGUCACACAGCUCCACAGGUGCUCUUCAGCCACAGGGAGCCCCCCCUUGAACUGAAAGACACGGACGCAGCAGUAGGUGACAACAUUGGCUACAUCACCUUUGUGCUGUUCCCCCGCCACACCAACACCGCUGCCAGGGACAACACCAUCAACCUGAUCCACACGUUCCGGGACUACCUGCACUAUCACAUCAAAUGCUCCAAGGCCUAUAUUCACACGCGCAUGAGGGCAAAAACGUCCGAUUUCCUCAAGGUGCUGAACCGUGCCCGGCCAGACGCGGAGAAGAAGGAAAUGAAAACAAUCACGAGCCUCUUCCAUGCCAGACAGUUCGCUGGCAACUCUCUUCAGCAGACAGAGUCCCGCACAGGUGUCAAGGUCCAGAGCCAAAGGCUGACAGGCAGAGCAGUUGAGGCCAAGAGAUGAAACAGCAGAUAGGGGGAAGACGUUCUCAUCCCGUUAACACAUGGGGUGUGGCGGAGGCCGCCGCUGAAGUCAGAAGGCUGGAGCACUUGCUACUUGAUAAUCGUAGCUUUUAAUGUUGCACCUCUCUGGGCUCUUAAGGAAUACAACCAAUCGGGUUCUGUUUUGUACAAGUUUGGGAAGUAAUCUGCGGAAACGAGCUGUGCUUGCAAGGACUUACUAGUUCAAAAAAACAAAAAAACAA